AUGUCUUACUACAACGAUCCAUUCUACAGCUUUUUCGAGAACAUCAACCAAGAAGUUGCGCAGAUGAACAAUCUGUUCAAUGACCCAUUCUUCAGAACUCCUCUAGCUCCGGUGGCUUCGGGCAACAAACGGUUGGAGGGCAAGUCCAAGGACGGCAAGGAGGUUGCACAGCGCGGCGGCGGCUCUGACGUUGCCAGAUCUUCGUCGUGGCUGAGCGACUCGUUUGCUCCGCCAAUUGACGUCCAUGAGACCGACAAAGCCUACGAGGUUGCGGUGGCUAUUCCGGGAGCACCAAAGGAAAACGUCACCAUUGACUAUAACAAAAAGACCAACGAGCUGAUUGUCAAGGGAGAGAUUCCUGCCAGAACCACCGAGUCGGACAAAUCGUACUCGGAAAGAACUGUCGGCAAGUUCUCACGUGUUUUGAAGCUGCCUGUGCAAGUUGACGGCGAGAAAAUUGGAGCCAAGUUUGAAAACGGGCUUUUGAAUCUUAAUGUUCCAAAACUCGCCGAUGGAGAAGAUUUACACAGAAUUGAGAUCUCCAGCACGGAAACCUAUGGAAACGUGAACGAGGAAAAAAAGUAA